AUGAAAACCGAAAUCGACGAAGAAUUUUGCAUGGCAAGCUCAUAUCAAGCAAAUGGAUUCCUUCAAGAAUUUCAGCACCUUGAUCACUUAUCCCUUGUUGGAACAUCAUUCAAUCCUGACUUAGGAAUCCAAACCACUGGUUUUGAUGAUUCUUUUGAUCCCUUUUCGAAUGGAUCUUCUUCGUCGGUCGGGUUUGAUUUCCUCGAUUUCAAGCCAUUUGAAGGGAAUAAUGUUCAAAGGAACUCUGAUCAAAGGGUUUCUACAAAUGGUAACUUUUUAGAUAUUAAAGAAACCAAGGGAAGUUGUACUUCAUUAUUAAUGGAUGGCAAUUCUUCUGAGCCGAAGAACCUCAUCCCAUCUCGCUUUCACGAAAUUAAGGGUCUAAAUUCUUCUUCAGCUGAUGAUCAAAGCUCUUGCAUAACCGCUGACAGUGGACGAAAUAACAAAAUGUCCAAAAAUAAUUCUUUUUCUUCGACAAGGAGGGCCGGCGGGCGAGGUCGAAAGAAAUCUAAAUCAGCUAAAGGGCAAUGGACAAUGGAAGAAGACAGGUUGCUAGUUCACCUUGUGGAGAAAUUUGGGGUGAGAAAAUGGUCUCAAAUUGCUCAGAUGUUGAAAGGGAGGAUUGGGAAACAAUGUAGAGAAAGAUGGCACAACCAUUUAAGGCCUGAUAUAAAGAAAGAUUUAUGGUCAGAGGAGGAGGAUCGGAUCCUAAUCGAAGCACAUGCUGAAAUAGGCAACAAGUGGGCAGAAAUUGCAAAAAGACUACCUGGCAGAACUGAGAACUCAAUCAAGAACCACUGGAAUGCAACAAAAAGGAGGCAAUUUUCAAGAAGGAAAUGCCGCACAAAAUGGCCAAAACCAAGCACCCUUUUGCAAAACUACAUCAAGAGUUUGAACUUUGACAAGGGAAGCAACACAACAACUAGCAACAGCAGAAGGAGAAGGAACAAUGGCAAGACGAAUGCACCCUCAAGUACUCUCAAUGACGGCGGCGCGAAGACGACGAAUGCACCACCAUCUACAGAUGAUCAUCAGGAGGAAAUGGAAUUAUGCAAUGAGCAAUUAGUGUCACAUUAUUAUGACUUCAGUGAGAUCCCCUAUGAUCAUAUUCAUCCCACAUUUAUGACACAAUUUGCAGUGAAAAAGGAGCUUGACUUGAUGGAAAUGAUCACUCAUGGAAACUUUGGAAGAGCUGUUGAUGUAAAAGGACUUGAGCAUAUAUUAUUUACUCCCAUCAGAAAAUAA